CAGGGUGAAAAGGAGAGGGGAACGUGAGGGGCGGAGGGAGGCAGGGCACGUUCCUGUUCCCUGGCAGCGCUGUUUGACUGCUGGGGCAGAUUACCUUGCUUUGUAGCCCCCUCAGUCAACAACUUACUGAGGUGCCUUUUCUUUUACGAGAGGAUGUCAGCUACGAGCCCCAGCAAGAAAUAACAGCCUUCACCUUGGAAUAGUUCAUCUCACUCCUGCAUCACUAAAGAGGAUUGUGAAAAGAAAACAACAGUCAAGUCCCCUUUCCAGCCCCAUUCUGUUCCAGGAUUGAACAGAAACAGUUACAUGCUCCAGGACACAACUAUAGUAACAUGUAAGAGGACAUAUCACCAAGCAUUCACAAAGUGAACUAUAAGGCUCUCAGCUCAACACCUCUUCAUUCAAGCCUUGGCAAACACUACCUUUCCUUUUGCUCAACUUCAGUGAUUGAUGGUGCCAUAAUAUCUGCUGAAGGCAUCUAUUGAUUCUGCUGGGAAGCCUCUUAGAAGUUGGAGAAAAAGGUGGAAAUGAUUGCCUGUGUUCACCUACUGUGAAGACGUGGAAUCAGACAACUACAGCUUUGAUUCUCCAAGUGUUUCAGGAUGUAAAUGUAGUCUGACCUUUUCCUGAUGGACAGUUAAAUCAUGGACACACUAAACAAUUUACUUUGGACCGUCCUUCCAAAAGAUGCUUUGGCUUCUCUCUUGAAUGCUCACUAAGCAUUUGUAGCUGACAAGGAAAGGAAAGAAAACUAAACUGGAAAGUUAUCUUACAAUGAAAAUUACGAGCACAACUUGCAUCUGCCCAGUCCUAGUGUGUCUCUGUUUUGUGCAGAGGUGUUAUGGAACUGCUCACCACGGCUCCAUCAAGGUGACCAGAAACCAAACCAAACACGUCGAAGGUGAAACCGAAGUCCACCAUCGUCCCAAAAGGGGAUGGGUUUGGAAUCAGUUCUUUGUUUUAGAAGAACAUAUGGGACCAGAUCCACAGUAUGUUGGAAAGCUGCACUCCAAUUCUGACAAAGGUGACGGGUCUGUCAAGUACAUCCUUACUGGAGAAGGUGCCGGGACUAUAUUUAUAAUUGACGACACCACGGGUGACAUCCACUCAACAAAAAGUCUAGACAGAGAGCAGAAGACCCACUAUGUGCUUCACGCCCAGGCUAUUGACAGACGAACAAACAAGCCUCUUGAGCCUGAAUCCGAGUUUAUCAUCAAAGUGCAGGACAUCAAUGACAACGCUCCAAAGUUCACAGACGGGCCGUACAUCGUCACUGUGCCAGAAAUGUCAGAUAUGGGUAAGAAAAACAAUCUUUAUUUUGGCAGUUAA